AUGCCACCGCAUCCCUUCGCCCGGCUGAAGCCGCAGCUCCCCGCGGGCGCCGGCCAGGCUCUUGAUGCCGACAUCCGCACGCUCUCUUCGCUGCUGUCUCAGUUUUCUCGCAUCACCAUCCUCUCUGGCGCCGGCAUCAGCACCGAGUCCGGCCUUGGCGACUACCGCUCCCCCGGAAAGGCCAAACCCGCCCGGCCCCCAAUCAACCAUUACGAGUUUGUCUCGCAGGCUUCCGUGCGCCGGCGAUACUGGGCCCGCUCGUUCGUCGGCUACCCCGUCCUCUCGCAGGCCGCCCCAAAUCUUGCGCAUCACGCGCUAGCGGCGCUCCACACCAACGGCGGUCACAACUUUCAUAGACAUAUUACCCAGAAUGUCGACGGCCUGCUUCAGCUGGGUGGCACCCCGACCGGGUGUCUGCUAGAGUUGCAUGGCACCAUUCAUGACGUUGUUUGCCGGAGCUGUGGUGAGACGGAGCGUCGUUCUGCGUUUCAAAAUAAGCUAAUCGAGCUCAACGACACCUGGUCGCAAGAGUUGGGGACGUACGAGUUUCGUCCAGACGGGGAUGCUGAUUUAAAUGGGGAGCUAGUGAGGCGAUUUCGCGUGCCGGUGUGCAGGGCGUGCGGGGAGGACAUGCUCAUACCGUCGCUGGUGUUUCAUGGUGGCCAAGUGCCGGGUGAUGUGACAGAAGAGGCAAAGAAGAUUGCGAGCGAUAGCGACGCUAUGCUGAUCGUCGGGUCCACUGUACGGCCGCUGUCGGCGUAUAGGCUGGUCCGAAUCGUCAAGGAGAAGGGCGCAUUUUUGGCAUGUAUCAAUUUUGGGCCCACUAGGGCUGAUGAUAUUCUUGACUUUAAGAUAGAAGCAUUGAUGGGGGAUACGCUUGCCAGGUUUGCAGAUGUUCACCUUGGCGAAGGAUUCAAACCACCAAAGCAUUUGACACAGGUAGCACCAGACUCAGAUCCACUCGUGCGAAUGCUCGAGUUGUAA